AUGUUAUCAUUGGAGACGACAAAGAUUAGAAUAUGAAGAAAAUGUCAUCUCCUUUGUUUAAAAAAGUCGCUCAUUUGCUAAUGAUGAAGGGAUACUGUAUCUAGAGCCAGAUAUGUUUAAAAUGGUUUAAGACUUCUUGUUAAUUUACAACAAUCUUGAGAUGUUUGAAAUAAACAUGUAACUGAUUUUUUUUCCAUCUGUGUUGGACACAUCCUAGCACUUUGCAACCUCGGGAAAAGUUGCUUUAUAAAUACCAGCUUAAUUUUUAUUUAUUUAUUUAUUAUGAUGCCAUCUCCUUCAAUUCCUCAUGCUAACUCAAAGGCUCUGGCCCAAGAGGUGAAACUCAAAUCACCCAGUGUGGAUAAAGCCAACCAAAAUGGCGAAGAGUUGUGCCGAAUCUCCGUCCCCCUGGAGCGUGAGGUUGUCCGAUCACGGUUGGAUAACCUCAACAGUCGCUUCAAGGCGCUGGCGGACAAGAGCGCCGAUAAGCAGGGAAGGUUGUCCAACGCCUUGGCCAGUAAAGAGGUCUUUGGGUGUGGGGAAGCGUCCCUGCUUCGUUGGUUGACGGGGACGGAGCGGAGUCUAGCGAAGCAACAACCGAUAUCCAUCUACCCGGAGGUGACGAAGAGACAGCUUAGCGAACAUAUGGUACAGUAGAUGAUGUUCGAAUAUCGUCUGUCGGAAUUUGGUUGUCAGUGAUUUUUUGGUGGUGGUUUUGGACUUGGUGUUUGCCCGAAGGCUUCUAACUUUAAUCAUGUGGUUGACUGAACUGAACUGACUGAAAUAAUCCCUUCUAUUGGAAAUGAAGUGUUAAUCUACCCCACCUUCUAUCUUCUUUCCUCCAAAUGCUUCUCCUACUUGAAGAACGACC